AGUAUUUAUUUCAUCAAAUCGAAGCGGAAACGUGAACACAUUUAGUUGUUAUUUACAUGCUUGCUGACUAAUGUGCGCAAGCAAAUUGCAAAGUUGGACUGUGAUCAUUUGUGAUAUUUAGCAUGUCCAUACAAACGGGCCUGGCAUUCAUAUUCACAAUAUUAGCUUCCGUUAGUAUUGUAGCUGCCAUUAUUUUGUUGGGCUGGUUUUUGAUUUGGAAGGCAUUUCUCUCGAAAUUUCGUCUUGUGCGUGAGCUGUUGGGACAAGAGGAGCAGGAGGAACAGCAGCUGGUCGGUGGGGAGCAAAAUCAAAACGUUCGAGCACGUAAAGCGCGGCGUGACUAAGCAGACAGACACACACGCAUACGCACACCUUGAUAUCCACACACAGGCACAUUUAUAUACAUAAA